AACAACUCAUCCAAGAAAAUCUACUUUUCUAACUUUUCAACUCCCACACACCUUCAAAAUGAAGACUGCCACCGUCCUCCUUGCUCUAGUUGCUGCUGCCUUCGCUGCACCCACCAACGUCGAAGAGCCUACUCUCGCCAAGCGUGGCUGCGCUGCUGGAGAUAUUUGCAUCAGCGGCACUUGCUACGUAUGGAGCUGCGGCCCAGUCGGCUGCUCUGUCGGUGGCAGCCUCGGUACAAGCUGCUAAAUUUGAAAAUGGACCAUGAAAUGAACGGAGGAGGACAAAACUCGAAUACUGGGUCAAUGUGCCUGGAUCACAUAUGAACACUGUGGUCUCAGAGUGAUUCGGGAGGAGGGAUGGAAGUAUAUUAAAGGGAGUUUCUAUUAUGAGUUCCAUAGUCCCAGAUAUCCACCGAUAAAUCUAAGUAUUCC